UGAACAUUCUGAUUAUAAUGCAGUUUGUUUUCGAUUGUUGUGUAUAAAUGUGAAAAUUAUUUUAUUCAAGUUAUAUAAAAAUAACAUGACUUUUGUACGACUUAACAAUAACAUUGAAAUGCCCGUUCUAGGCUUAGGGACGUGGCUAACAAGCGAUAAAAAUUUAAAAAGUGCCAUAAACUGGGCACUCGAAAUUGGUUAUCGUCAUAUAGAUACUGCAACCCUUUAUGACAAUGAAAAAACAAUAGGAGAUGUUCUUAAAGAAUGGAUUAAUUCUGGAAAAAUUCAAAGGCAAGAAUUGUUUGUUACAACCAAAUUGCCUCCUGCAGGAAACUACCCAGAAAGAAUGGAAAAAUAUAUCCUUCAAUCCUUAAAAGAUUUACAGUUAGAAUAUGUUGAUUUAUACCUUAUUCAUAGUCCCGAAGGUAUUAAAAAUUCUCCACCGCCUAAUAAUAAUACUAAAGAAGUUGAAAUGGAUAAAAAUGUAGAUAUAUCUGCACUUUGGAAAAAAAUGGAAGAACAAGUACUUUUAGGUCGAGCAAAAUCAAUUGGAAUUUCCAAUUUUAAUAUUCCUCAAAUCAAUGAAGUUCUUUCAAAUGCUGUUAUAAAACCAGCUUGUCUUCAAACUGAAUUAAAUGUUUAUGUUCAGCAACAAAACGUAGUCAACUUUUGUAAAGAACAUGAUAUUACGUUAAUAGGAUAUUGUCCACUAGGCAGUCCCGGAAUAAACGCUUUUUAUUCUGAGUACGGAAUUACUAAAAGUAUACCAAAGCUGUUAGAUGACCCGAUUGUACACGAAAUAGCAAUAAAAUAUUCGAAAACACCCGCUCAAAUAGCCCUACGAUUUUUAGUUCAACAAAAUAUAGCAGCUAUACCGAAGAGUUCGAAUCUUAAUCGAAUCAAAGAAAAUUUUCAAAUUUUUGAUUUUACACUUGAUCAAAAUGAUUUACAAUUGUUAAAAGGAUUGGACAAAGGAGAAUCGGCUCGUCUUGGGGAUUGGGAAAGUUGGACUUGGUUAGAAGAAGAAGGAACUAUUAAAUCGAGCUAAGCAACUAACAAUUUCAUUUUUAAAUGCAAUAUGUUUCAUGAAAAAUACUUUAGUGAUUAUUUAGCAGGAAAAUAAAAAUAUUAAGCAUAA